UGGCGACCUCCAUGGGAUGGAGUAUGGGAUGGUAAUGUUGCGUUUACUCUAUGACUAUGUAUUGUGAAUGUUGACAGUGUAAUUUAUAGAGGAUUUUCAGCCGUAAACGUGUCUCCAGAUUUGCUUUUUUUCCAAGAAUCAAUACAGUGUAGUAUAACGAGAGCCACAUGUUUGCGGGGCAGUGAAUUAUGAAAUGACGAAUAACUUUGCCCUCAUUUGGAUAUUGAUGCCUGCAAAAAUGCAGUGAUUGGAGAUCACGUCACUCAUCACCCUUGGUUGACCGUCUGAGGAUUAGUUACCAUGGCUACCUCUACAACCCCCGGCUCAGACGCCUUCAUCAGCUCCUUGACGUCCAUGGUCAAUCGGGAGGACACGACAGCCAUCUUGCAGGCCCAGAUGCGCAUGCUGAGCCGUUUUGAGAAGACUAAUGAGAUGCUAUCAAACUUCAACAAGCUGUCGGCCAGCCGGUAUGAGAAGACAGUGGAGCAGUUCAAGGAACACACCCAGGUCCUGAUGGAGAUGAAGAGGGACCUGGAUAUUGUCUUCAGAAAAAUUCGUGUGCUGAAAGACAGGUUGUCGUCAGACUACCCUGCAUCAUUUGAAGCUGCCUCACAAAAUCUCACUGAAACCAGCGACGAGGAGAGUGAUAUGAAGACGGGGAAGGAUCGUGAUGACCUGACGAGGGAAGAAGAAGAUAAACCAACAGAAUGCAGCACCCAAGAAACAGAAACUGAGAGGACUGUGAACAGUUCAUGAUAUGAACCUGCUGUAGGAUGGUAUCUGUGUAUACAAUUGUGUAAACUUGUGGCAGUGGAUUAUGUGUGCUAGCUGUGGCUUUGUUCCUUUAAAAAAUUGAGAUGUCUUUAGAUGUACCUCACAGAUUAUAGUCUGAAGAGCUGAUCUAAUACAUGGACAUGUUUAUUAGGACGGACAGUUAGGGCCUUUUAAAAGUAUGUGAGAUCGUUUAAGUUAGAGUGCGCCACAUGAUGAUGCUGACUUCCUUGUCAGAUUGGCCUAAUGCUCGAAUAUAAGAAUACCCCGAACGAAGGUUAUAGUCCUGCAUGGGUGGAUGUUUAAAUACCUCGACCCACACCUCAGGUCACGAUAGUGUUGGGUCACGAUAGUGUUGCGUAAUUAUUGUAUAUUAGAUGUAUAAUCACCCGCCGAAAAUGAACCGUUGUCACCCACGAACUGCUAUCACAACAAUGUCUUGGGAAUCUUGUAGCGACCGUGUCAUGCACGUGCCUAUAAUGAUGCAGGGCGCUUUCAACACCUUUCAACAGGUGCAAAUCAACUCUGAAAUUUCAGCCAGUAGCAUACAAGAUGUGCACUGUAUGUUGCACGCCAGGACAUGCUAAGCUUGGUUAAAACUUAAGAUGCUUUCAAAUGAAAGCUACAUGAGGAAUGAUGUAUGCCAGUUUUAAGAAUGGUUGAUAGAAAUGACAGCAAUUUGGGUUUUUUACGUUGAUACGUAAUGUAUUAGAAUAUUGAAUUGGUCCUAAAUUUGAUAAGAAAGCCAGAAGGAAAAGAAAGUAAUAAGUAUUUGGCUUAUUGGCCAAUUUAUUUUGUCAAUAUAUUAUUGAAAAUUAAUAUGAAAAGCUAUGAAGAAUAAAGCAUGUGUUGGGAAAAGCAGUUACUCAU